UUCCACUCCAACAAGAUGAAAGAAACUAUCAUGAACCAGGAGAAACUCGCCAAACUGCAAGCACAAGUGCACAUUGGUGGGAAAGGAACUGCUCGCCGAAAGAAGAAGGUGGUUCACAGAACAGCUACAGCAGAUGAUAAAAAACUUCAGUUCUCCUUAAAGGAGUUAGGGGUAAACAAUAUCUCUGGUAUUGAAGAAGUGAAUAUGUUCACAAACCAAGGAACAGUGAUCCACUUUAACAACCCCAAAGUUCAGGCAUCGCUGGCAGCGAACACUUUCACCAUUACAGGCCAUGCUGAGACAAAGCAGCUGACAGAAAUGCUACCCAGUAUCUUAAACCAACUUGGUGCAGACAGUCUGACUAGUUUAAGAAGACUGGCUGAAGCUCUGCCCAAACAAUCUGUGGAUGGAAAAGCACCACUUGCUACCAGAGAGGAGGAUAAUGAUGAAGUUCCAGAUCUUGUGGAGAAUUUUGAUGAAGCUUCCAAGAAUGAAGCAAACUGAAUUGAGUCAACUUCUGAAGAAGAUAAAACUUAAAGAAGUUACUGGGAGCUGCUAUUUUA